AUGGAUCUGAGCACGACGCCCGCCUUUCCUCCCCCACCGGGCGUGACGCCCAAUUUCGAGAACCCAGAGCGGAUCGACUAUGACAUCUACUCGAUCAACAUUGCGAUGUGUUUGACUGGCACGUUUGUGCUGGGGCUGCGGAUGUACACGCGGGGCGUGAUCCUGCGGACGGUUGCUAUUGACGAUUACAUCCAAAACGGCUACGGCGUGCAUAUCUGGGACUUGUACCUGGUCAAACUCAAGCCUUUCAAACAGAACGACCUGGCAGCAGAAGACAUCUUCGCCCUCGGCAUCUGGUUCGUCAAAACCUCCAUCCUCCUCUUCUACCUCCGCCUGAACCCCGAGCGCCGCUUCCGCCAAUGGACCUACGGCAUCAUGGCCUUCGUCUUCAUCUACUCCCUCAUCAGCAUCCUCGUCUUCACCUGCGGCUGCAUCCCCGUGACAGCCAUGUGGGACAUGACGCAAAUGGCAACAGCCAAGUGCGUCGACCAGCUGGCCUUCGUGUACGCCAACGCGGCGUUUAACCUGCUCUCUGAUCUGAUGACGCUCAUCCUGCCGAUCAAGCUGUGCUGGUCGCUGCAGACGACACGCAAGCAGAAGGUUUUGCUGUGUUUGGUGCUGGCGAUGGGUUCCUUCGCGUGUGUGAUUGCCAUUGUGCGGAUUGUGACGAUGAUGCCGUUUGUGCAUUCGAUGGAUUUUACGUGGUAUAAGGUUACGUUGGCUAAGUGGGCAAUGGUCGAAAUCAACGUAGGCAUCAUCUGCGCCUGUCUACCCGUCCUCCGGCCACUGGUGCUACGCGUCUUCCCCCGGUUGGCCGGAAGCAAGAACUCCAGCGGGGAUAAGCACACCGACGAGAGCUAUACCCUGCGUGAGGCCGGGUCCAACAAGAAGAAGAAGGGCAUCCGGAACUGGGAUUACCUCACCACGGACGACGUGGAGAGUAUCACUGUGCGGCCGAAUGGGAAGAGCGAUAGCCAGGAGGGGAUUAUCAUGUCAACGGAGACGAAGAUUACGUAUCACUGA